AUUCCACCUUUCUCCAAGUCGGGGGGUAAGUCGUACAUAUUUUCCAGGAAUUCAAGGCGACAUUCAAUUAACGACGCCAACAGCUCCGCGUUUUCCUGCUGGCGGAAUCAUGCGGAGUCGAUGUUCAAGUGUGCAUUUUAUGACACCAGCCAGAACGCGCUCGAGGUGCAUCAAAACCACAACCAAUCGCCAAACGCCAUCACGCUGGUUGAGUGCGGAAAGAUUUGCCAAGUUCAAUCGAACCCUCAGUAAUCUUUUGGCAUCGUGAAGGCAAAGUUCUGCCGCGUCGAAGGGAUUCGUGAAAAGUGCACUUAGUUAUGUCCCAAGCGUAUCGUGGUGAAUAGUCGUUUUAAAAAAGGGUGGAAAAAUGCCUCACAGUGAAAGUCGAGGACUAGAAGCAGGAGAUUAUGUAUCCGAGAAGAAGUUACCACUGGUGUUGCUCAAAGUGAUGAGCUCAUCGGAUGCUGGAAUUGUUGACAGUCGGGGCAUCACCAGUGGAGGGCCGACGCUAGCUGUAGUAGAUUGUUCCGGCACAAAUGGCGCGGAAAUUCUUCCGAACGGUAUCGGCUGCGACCACGAUGACAAUGUUCGUGAGAAAUGGAGUAAAAAUAUUGAAUUCCUGCUGUCAUGUGUGGCGCUCUCGGUUGGUUUUGGAAAUGUUUGGAGGUUUCCGUACACGGCGCUCCAGAAUGGUGGCGGAGCAUUUGUGAUCCCCUACUUGAUCGUACUGAUCGUAGUUGGGCGACCACUGUACUAUUUGGAAAUGGUUAUGGGGCAGUUUUCCAGCCGGGGGUGUGUCAAGGUGUUCGAUAUGUGCCCCCUGAUGAGGGGCAUUGGCGUUGGACAGACCAUCACUCUGUUCACAAUCGUAGGGUACUAUGCGGCUGUUUUGGCUCUGGCGGUUAGAUACUUCGUGGAUUCCUUCCGGAGUCCUCUGCCCUGGAGUGAAUGUCAGCGGGAAUGGGAAGGUUGCGUGGACUCCAACUUCAACGGACAGACCUACAACGGGACGUUCACGCCGUCUGCGGAGUUCUACUUCAGGAAGUCAGUCAUGUAUCUCCUGCCAGACAUAAACAAUGGGAUUGGGGUACCCGAAUGGAGACUGGCACUGUGCUUGCUCGCUUGUUGGAUUUGCAUUACAGCACUAUUGAUAAAGGGGAUCAGAAGUUCGGGAAAAGCUUCAUACUUUCUGGCAAUUUUCCCAUAUGUGAUUCUGUUUGUACUUUUGAUACGCUCCUGCACACUAACCGGAGCUGUUGAUGGAAUUUUGUACUUCGUUCAACCCCAAUGGGAGAAACUUCUAACUCCAAACGUGUGGUAUGCGGCCGUUACUCAGUGCUUCUUUUCUCUCACCAUUGGUUUAGGGGCGGUGAUUGUGUUUUCCUCCUUCAACAGCUUUUCAAGUAACAUUUAUCGCGACGCGAUGAUCAUCACCUGGUUGGACACCUUCACAUCGAUGAUCUCGGGGGUGAUCGUGUUCGGCGUCGUGGGAAAUCUCGCCCACGUUACACAGCGGGGUGUUUCCGAAGUCAUAAAAUCUGGUCCCCAGCUUACCUUCAUCACCUAUCCGGAUGCAAUUGCGAAGAUGGAUUUCGCGCCUAACUUUUUCGCCGUGAUGUUCUUCCUAAUGUUCAUCGUGUUGGGUCUGGGCAGUAACGUGGGGAUAGUUACAGCCAUUCUAACCUCGAUCCGAGACCGGUAUCCACAGGUGGAGACCUGGAAGGCGGUGACUGUGAUUGCUAUUGCUGGCUUCUGUUGUGGUUUGGUUUACAUCACACCGGGUGGCCUGAUAUUUCUGGAUGUAAUUGAUUACUACGGAGUUACGUUUCCAACGCUGACAUUGGUGAUUUUCGAGAUCAUAACUCUCUGCUGGAUUUACGGAGUAAAUCGCAUCUGUUUGGAUAUUAAAUUCAUGCUAGGGAUACAAACCGGUAUCUUCUGGAAAAUCUGCUGGGGCUUCUUGACGCUGCUAACAAUAGGUGCAAUUUUUGUGCUCGAAGUGUACAAAUACGAACCGAUGGAUGUUCCCGUUGGCUAUAAUGCUUUUGGAUGGUGCCUUUUCUGCCUCACCGUGUUCCAAGUCGUUGGAUGGGCUAUUUAUGCCACACUAAAACGACCGGAAAAGCGAGUUUCCAGCAAAAUAAAACACGCCCUAAAGCCAACCGAAGAUUGGGGUCCUGAGAGCACCACUUUGAAGAAGGAUUAUAUCGUUACGGUGAAGAAAUUUGAAAGCGAACUCUCUGGGGGUAAACAUUUGGUUGCGAGAUUAUACAGGAGGAUUUUCUAGCUUGAAAAUUCAUCCUGGACAACAUUCCGUUAUUCACUGCUGUUCUAAUAGUUUUUAGUUCCUAGAAGACGCAUUAGAAUGAAAUAUUUGUAUUUAAACUGUAAUUUAACUGCGUUAUGUGAAAUGAACAUUCUUAUCGGACAAUUUAGCAAAAAUAUAUAAAAUAAUC